AUGAAGGAGCUAUGGGAUGCGAAAGGAUAUGAUGAUUUUGGCUUCUCAAUGCAGAAUUUGCGUGAUCAAGCUGCAAGGCUGGAUAAAUCUUUGGAGCCGGGGGACUCGAGAAACGUAUCAAGAGAUUCUGUUGCUAUAAACCAAAGCAAUUUACGGGAGUUGAAUAAGGACAAUUUAAUACGGGAUUCGCAAACGGGAGAGGGCUCAAACGGUUUCGAUAUAUCGGCGAAAGAUGCCGCCUUGAUUGAUGAAUCGCAGUAUACAAAUCAAACGAAUGAAUUGCAAACAACAACCCGCCACGAUUUGCAUAAUAGGCAACAUGAAAUUCCUGGAGCACUCGACCAGAACGAAGAUAAUGCAAUUAUCUCGGGCUGUCUUCCGGAGUAUAAUAAUGUAAAUAAACCACCUAUGAUUAAUUGGGGGAAGCGAGGCGAUGGACGAACAAUAGUUAUAUCGACUUCAGACAUUACAGAUGCAUAUGAUGAAAUUACAACUUGGAAAAAGAAUGUUUUUCUAGUGCCAUACGGGAAAAUAGGAAGGGAUUUAUCGAUCAGAUAACGAUGCAUAUAAACGACUGGAAUAGCGGUUCGGAAAAUCAACAUGUUUCCCUAAAAGCUGUUUUUGUACUUCUCGCCGUUGGGCUUCAAAAGCCAAACCCGAAGUCCAAGGCAAAGGACCAUCAAGAUGCCUUGUCAAAGCGACUUGCACUUUGGAAGGACGGUGAGAUCAGUAAGCUAAUACGUGAGGGACGAAUCAUACAAAGUCGUAUUGGAAAAUUUAAAGGAUCAAACCACCCUGAUAAAGCUAAAGUCUUUGCUAAGCUUGUGCUAGAAGGUCAAAUCAACUCAGCCCUUCGCUUCCUGAGUGAAACCUCAAAUGGCGUAGUGUUAACGUUAACUGACGAUGUAAUGAUGCAAUUAAAACAGAAGCAUCCUGAGCCACAACCAGCAAAACUAGGAUCGGUAUUAUUUGGGCCGCUCAAUGACGAGAUACCCGAAUCUGUUUACUCACAGAUCAAUGGUGAGAUGGUUAGACAAGCCGCUUUGAGAACAAAGGGAUCCGGAGGCCCGUCUGGUGUCGAUGCUAACGGCUUUAGAAGAAUGUUGGCAUGUAAGUCCUUUAAGCAAUCAUCUACAAGACUGUGCGAAGUUAUAGCCAGAAUGACCAAGACUUUGUGCACACAAUAUAUCGAUCCUACCACUAUUGAAGCAUUGAUUGCUAGUCGUUUAAUUCCCCUAGACAAAGGCGAAGGUGCGGUAAGACCUAUUGGAGUAGGAGAGGUAAUAAGAAGGAUAAGUGCAAAAUGUGUUAUAAGCUUUGCAAAGAAGGACGUUGUGGAAGCAAGUGGAUCGUUACAAUUAUGCGCUGGGCAAAAGUCUGGAAGUGAGGCUGCAAUACAUGCAAUGAACACCCUGUUUGAAGCUGAUGACAUUGAUGCUGUUUUACUUAUCGAUGCUUCUAAUGCAUUCAAUGCACUCAACAGAACUGUGGCUCUGCAUAACAUCCGUGUGUAGUAUAUCCGAUAAUCGCUGUCUACGCUAUAAACACCUACAGACAGUCAGCUCGGCUGUUUAUUGUUGGCGGCAAAGAUGUAACAGUGCAUGGGCAGAAACAUCUGGGAGCAGCGCUAGGUUCACGAGAGUAUCUGGAGGAAUUAUGUUAAUGAGAAGGUCUCUAAUUGGGUCAACGAAGUGACAGCAUUAGCCGAAUUUGCACUGUCCCAACCACAAGCGUCCUAUGCCGCAUACACAUUUGGUUUGAAACAUCGUUGGACCUACUUCCUAAGAACCCUGCAAGACAUCCAGGACCUACUAGAGCCACUCGAAAAGGCAAUAUCGCAGAUUCUCAUCCCCGCUAUCACAGAUCACCAGUGCAAUCCACUCGAUCGGGACUUUCUAGCACUUCCAGCACGUCUGGGUGGCCUGGCCUUGGAAAAUCCAAGUCAUGAGGCAGAACGUCAGUAUGUGUCGUCAAAAAGAGUGACAGCACCCCUUGUUGAUCAGAUUGUAGCGCAGUUACAUCAGCUACCCGACGAGUCGCAUAUAAAAUCAGCGCAACAAGCCGUUAGAAAAGAAAGAGUGCAAGAGUGGGAGGAGAGGGCAGAACGUAUUAGAGAGAGUGCACCACCAAGAAUUCAGCGUAUAUUAGAUGUGGCUUCCGAAAAAGGAUCAUCUGUGUGGCUCACAGCACUUCCCCUAAAAGAACAGGGAUUCAACUUGAAUAAGAGAGAAUUUCGGGACGCCGUAAAGCUGCGCUAUGAUUGGCCAAUCGACGACAUCCCCUCCAUAUGUGUAUGUGGGGAUAUUAUUCACCGUUGACCAUGCCAUGAUCUGCAAACGUGGAGGCUUUGUAAUUAUGCGCCACAAUGAGUUAAGAGAUCUGGAAGCGGAACUCCUCAACAUUGUCUGUAGUGAAGUCCAAGUUGAGCCUGUCCUACAAGGCAUCCAUCCUGCUUGGGAUAAGUACAAAUCAACUAGGAAUAAGGUCAAUAUUGCCCUACGACAAGCUAAAACAGAUUAUUUUCAUACUAAAAUAUCAAAUCAAAAUAAUAAUCCAAAAGAGGCUUGGAAGACAAUCAAUAACUUACUCGGUCGUUCUCCAGGUAAUACUGUUGUUAAUGAAUUAAAAUUUAAUGAUACAAAAAUUACUUCACUUGAAGAAAUUGCCAAUGCUUUUAAUACAUAUUUUACUGACAUUGGCCCUAACUUAGCUAGUUCUAUUGAUGAUACUGACAUUACGUUUGAUCGUUUCGUCAAACCAGCUACAUCAAAAAUGACACGCUUUAAGUUAGUUUCACAUACUAAAGUAGUCAAGCUUCUAAAUGGUUUAUCCAAUUCGAAAGCAACUGGUCUUGAUAAAAUAUCUGGAAAGAUCUUAAAAACUGCAGCCCCUACUAUUGCCUUAUCACUCACACACAUCUUUAAUCAUGCUAUCAUAACAAGCUGUUUUCCAUAUGAAUGGAAAGCUGCUAGACUUCUAUCACUUCAUAAAAAGGGUCCACGAGAUCUCCCAGAAAACUAUAGGCCAAUCUCAAUCUUAUCUGCAAUAAGUAAAGUUAUGGAAAGAAUUAUGUAUGAUCAGAUCUACGAAUAUCUUAACGACAAUUCGAUCCUUUCUGAACACCAAUUUGGUUUCCGCAAAUCUCAUUCAACUGCUUCGGCUCUUUUGGAUUGCACGAACAGUUGGUACGUUAAUAUGGACCGCAAAAUGUUUAAUCUGGUUGUAUUAUUGGAUUUAAAAAAGGCCUUUGAUACUGUAAACCAUGAUAUUUUGGUGCGAAAACUUGAGCUAUACUGUAUCAAUGACAGUGCCUUAACCAUGAUACAAUCAUACUUGUCUGAUCGAAAACAGAAAUGCCAACUGGGAGACGUAAUGUCAUCUGAGCGGCAUGUGACAUGCGGUAUUCCACAGGGAUCCAUCCUUGGUCCACUUCUCUUCCUCUUAUAUAUAAAUGAUCUUCCAGAAUGUCUUCAGCAAGCUGCCCCUCGGCUAUUUGCCGAUGACACCAAUCUUACGGUAGCUGGUGAGUCAAUAGAGGAAGUUGAGUUGGCCAUGAAUAAUGAUCUCCUUAGUGUACAUACCUGGCUUUUAGCCAACAAACUGAGUCUCAAUGCUUCAAAAACCGAAUUUAUACUUAUUGGUUCAAAUCAUAGAUUAACGAACCUUACUAAUCAACCAAAUAUAAAAAUAGAUCAAGACAAAAUUAAGCAAGUUUAUCAUAGUAGAUUACUUGGGGUUCAAAUUGAUGAAAAAUUGUCUUGGAACAAGCAUGUUGAAAGCGUGGCCAAGAGGGUUGCUUCCGGUGUAGAAGCUUUAAGAAGAAUACGUGACUUUGUCGAUAGGGAAACCUUGAUCUCUAUCUACAAUGCUUUAGUUCGCCCUCAUUUCGAUUAUUGCAGUGAGGUAUGGGAUACCUUGGGCAUUGGCCUUUCAACUCGACUUCAAAAACUGCAGAAUAGAGCGGCGAGAAUAGUAAUGAGUAUGACAAAUGAUACCCCUGGAUUAGAAGCAAUUACUGCCUUAGGGUGGGAAACUCUUGAGUCUCGACGAGCUAAGUCUAAAGCAGUACAAAUGUACAAAGUUUUAAAUGAUUUGUCCCCAAAUGCACUUGUUAAUCUUUUUAUGCGUAAAAGUGAUGUCACAGAUUACGAGCUUAGGGGUUCCUCUACAUCACUGCAAAUCCCUUUUCCCAGGACUGAAAAUAUUAAGAAAAGUUUUUCUUACGAUGGGGCGAAAUUGUGGAAUUCCUUACCUGAAGAUUUGCGUGAUUCGGCUACCUUGCCAAUAUUUAAAAGUCGAAUUAGUGCUCACAAUUUCUUAUAAUAUAAUGUAAAUAUAAUUAUUAUGGUAUAAUAUUAGGUUGACUAUUGUAAAUAUGUUCAUUUUUAAUGUUUGUUACUAUUUAUAAUGUAAUUGACACGCCCCUCGUGGAAAUCAGCGAAAGUUGACGAGGCUAGCGUGUGAUUUUUAAAUAAAGUUUAUCAUCAUCAUCAUCAUCAUCAUCAUCAUCUCGGAAGAGCAACUAAAUGGAGGCUCCAACAGAGCACCUGAUGCUAGACUCGACAUUCGUGCGCGUGGGUUCUGGGAAAGUCAACGAUCAGCCUUUUUUGAUGUAAGGGUUUGUCAUCCCAAUGCUGAUUCGUACAAGGACCUGGAGCUACGCCAAGUCUACAAGAUACACGAAAACGAGAAGAAGCGCCUAUAUGCAAGGAGAGUCCUCGAAAUAGAGCAAGGAACAUUUACGCCACUCGUAUUCACCACCACAGGCGGUAUGGGCAAAGAAUGUGUGAGAUACCAUAGUCGAUUGGCAGAGUUGGUAGCCAUAAAGAAAGGAGAAGAUUAUGCGACAACUAUGAGUUGGAUAAGAGCCAGAACCUCAUUCGCUUUAUUGAGAUUGGCACUUACCUGCUUGAGGGGUUCAAGGGCAAGGAAAAUGAUGUAUGAUAUUAGGAACAUUGAUUUUAACAUUGAGAACGCGGAGAGUGCUAUCUCUCAAACAAUUUAGAUUGUACAAUAUACAAUAUACAAAGUUUAAUUGUUUAGUUAUUUAGCGGAAUAUGUUAGUUUAGUUAUUUAGCUACUUAGCGGUAAAUAUUUUAAUUAUGUAGCGGUAUUUGUUCCAGAGUUUGCUUUUAAAAUUUAACAUGUCCAUAUCAACAAACAUUUAGACACUUUUUUAAUUAUACCCAAAGAACAGAUUAUAUAAUAUAGUCAUUGAUAACAAAAGCAUUGUUGUAUAUAAUGAAAUGAUGAAUAAAGUUGUAUUAUUAAAAAAUUAUUAUUAUUAAUAUUAUUAUUAUUAUCAUUAUUAUUAUUAUUAUGAUUAUUAUUAUUAUAAAGUUUAAACGAAUGCAAAUUACAUGUUGAUCUUCCUGGAUUUGAAAGCCCCUCGAUUAUUACGGGAGAUGAAUAUCGUCCUGAUUUACUUGUCUCCACUUCAGACAAACAUCUCUACGUCGUUGAACUUACCGUAGGCUUUGAAUCAAACCUCACAAACAAUGUUAACCGCAAGAAAGCUAAAUAUAAAAACCUAAUUAGAGAACUGGAUCAAAACUUUACAUCUGUCAAAUUUAUAAAUCUUUCUGUCAGUUCGCUAGGGGUGUUUGACAAAGAAUGUCAUACAUUCGUAAAAAUGCUAAAUGAGUUAGGACUGGAUAAUCAACACCAACAAUAUUGUAUCAGAAAAAUUAUAUCUAUUGCCAUCCGAUCAACGUACUACAUAUUUUGCUGUAGAAAUAAAGAAUGGACAAAUCCCGAAUUAAUGAACAUUUAAAGUAACUAUUUCUGUAAAUAAGUAGUAAUUUUUAGUGCAGAGUUUCUUUGAAACUGUGCACUAUUGUGAUGACUGGGAAAAUUCACAUCAGUCAGUCAGUCAAUCAGUCAUAGAGUUAACUUUCCGGGGGGUGUAUUAUGUGUAUACGAUUUAUGUUUGUAGUGAUUUAUUGUGCUUUGAAGGUCAUUUAGGCAAUUUCAGUUGUUUUAUUUAAAUAUUUUUUGUUCUUUUGCCAAGUUCACAAAAAUUUCGAGGAAUCGUUGUCGUUAUUUUAAUUUUUUGUAAAUUUUAUAACAUUCGCUUCUCAUGUUGUGUGAAGGAUCUUUCCCCCGGAAAACCCAUUUUUUUCUUUAGCAACACAAAUGCGCAUGCGCUAUCAAGCCGUAGAUCACGAUGGCGUGAUGAUGCUAGGAAGGAGCGCUGGAGCGACACAGUGUUGUUUUCAAAUUAUAAACAUUUUAGAUGUGAAUAUUGAGUAAAUCUUUGAGAAUCUACGCAAUAUAUAAAUCGAUGUUAUGCAUUACGGACAUUCAAUUAAAGAUCGAUAUUAUUUUGAGGGUAUAUUCAUUGUACAGAGCUAGGAAGCAGCGAGACAUGGUUGUUUUCAAAUGUAUAUAUAAACAUUUCAGACGUAUAUUAUAUUGAGAAAAUCUUUGAGAUACAACGCAACGCAAUAUAUAAAUUGAUGCUAUACAUUACGGGCAUUCAAGUGUCGAUAUUAGUUUGACGGUAUAUAUUCACUGUACAGAGCUGGGAAGCAGCGAGACAGUGUUGUUUUCAAAUGUAUAAUUAUAAACAUUUCAGACGUGUCAGUAUUAUAUUGAGAAAAUCUUUGAGAUACUACGCAAUAUAUAAAUUGAUGUUAUGUACUUAUGCAUUACGAUUUACGGGCAUUCAAGUGCCGAUAUUAUUUGGAGGGUAUAUUUAUUGUACAGAGCUAGGAAGCAGCGAGACAGUGUUGUUUUCAAAUGUAUAAACAUUUCAGACGUCUAAAUUAUAUUGAGAAAAUCUUUGAGAUACUACGCAAUAUAUAAAAUCGAUGUUUUGCAUUACAGGCAUUCAAUUAAGUACCGAUAUUACUUAUAUUCAUUGUACAGAGCUAGGCGAAGCAGCGAGACAAGUGUUGUUUCGAAAUGUAUAAACAUUUCAGACGUGUAUUAUAUUGAGAUUUUCUUUGAGAUACUACGCAAUAUGUAAAUUGAUGUUAUGCACGUAAUGCAUUCAAGUGCCGAUAUUAGUUUGACGGUAUAUUCAUUGUACAGAGCUAGGAAGCAGCGAGACAGCGUUGUUUUCAAAUGUAUAAACAUUUCAGACGUGUAUUAUAUUGAGAAAAUCUUUGAGAUACUACGCAAUAUGUAAAUUAAUGUUAUGCACGUAAUGCAUUCAAGUGCCGAUAUUAGUUUGACGGUAUAUUCAUUGUGCAGAGCUAGGAAGCAGCGAGACAGUGUUGCUUUCAAAUGUAUAAACAUUUCAAACAUAAAUAUUGAGAAAAUCUUGGUUUACGUGUCUAGCACAACGUCAACGGUGCAAACUCGUGUUCAGACUUCAGUGCAACGAGAACUCUACCAGAUCUUACGAGAAUCUAUCUGUAUCAAAGCUUGUCAAAACUGCUACAAACACUGCUAUAACUGUGAAACCAUUGAAAUAUUGAUUACAUGCGAAAAGCUGAAAAUGAAUCAUGAACACAACGUGACCUUCAAAUAACUCAAAGGUCAGUGAGCUUGUUAUUGUGACACGUCACAACUAGGUUAAAAUGCGGAAGCGGAUGCGAAACGGAGCGGAUCCACGGAACGGAUAUGGAGAUAAAAUGCGGAACGGAACGGACUUGGAUAAAUCCUCUUUUUUUACGUUUCCGUGUUUUAGAUUUAUGUUUUUUUUUUGUCAUGGAACACAACGUCGUAGUGCUUAUUAAUUAUUCAUAACAUAUCUUAUACAGCUAUUGGAAUUAAAGUUGUGACUGGGACAAUAGACAAAUGUACAAUAUGGGCGCUAAAACGAUGAUGGCAUUGGCAAUAAUCAUAGAUUUAAGUACUAUUUAAAGCACGCGUAGGAGUGUUUUAUCACAUAUAAAACACGACGCGUAGCGGAGUGUUUUAUAUGUGAUAAAACACGACUACAAGUGCUUUAAAUAGCUUCAAAAAUGACUCAUCUUAUACAAGUUCAUUGGCGAAGUAAUUUUUAAAAUAAGCUUUGUCUAAACCGAGAAAAUCAAAGCUACAGUUUAUGUAAAUUAACAUGAUUUUUUAUCACAUAUAAAACCACGACACGCUUAUGAUUUUUCUUUGUGUUUUGCUCCUGAAUUAUUAAUGAGUUUUUGAAAUAAGUUUAGCGCAUCAGUAGCCUUGUGGGGAUACUUGGCGACAGCUCCAAUAAAUUGUGUCAGUUCCACGAAGCACGACGUUUCUGAUGUGUUAGGCUUGUUUUAAACGUCGGGUUACUCGUGUGCCGAACGCAUUAAAAACAAUAGAUAAUGAGAUGAAAUGCCUAUGAUAAUUGUUUAUUUCGUAGUGUAACCCAUCAGCUUUUCUAGGUUGUCGGCGAUCCUAUAUAAUCCUUGCAGUGUCUUUCAAUUUCAAACUUUACAACAUAACAGAAAUUAUGCCUUGUCACUAUAAUAUUAUAUGGGGAAAUAAAUAAUAUUGCAUAACUCUCGUUAUUCUUCAACCUUAAAGUAUUAUAUUUAAACCAGAUCUUAGCAUUUUUACUGUUGUAACAGUUCCCCGCGCUAUUACGACAUGUGAUUAAGGCUAUAAACCACGCUUGAAAAGCUAUUCAAUUAAUAAGCAUGCCUUAUAGCGUUUGUCUUUGAAACUCUGCACUAUCCUUGGAUCCCUAGUUAUCGUCAUUGUCAGAAUGAGGGGAAUUGUCAGAAUUAGGAGAAUAAUCUAAUUGCGUAGUCUACUUCUUGGUAUAAAAUGCCAAAUACACUGUAGAUUGUACGUUAGAUAUCCAACCAUCAGUCACAUCUUUGACAAUGUGAUCGUCGAUUUCUAUAAUCUUAUCAUUGUCGAAAAUAACUGCUGUGUAAUGUCCAUUGUGAAUGUGCAUCCCAUGAUGUAGGGCGCAUGCUUUAAGACUGUAUUGGCAUGGCAUGUUUCCUACCACAUGAAGUUCCAGUGGUAACUGUACUCUUGAGUGGUUCUUCUUUGUGAUUCCACUUUUCUGUUGAAAUCUAUUAAAUCCUAUGACUAAUGUUUGAGGUAGAAAUACAAAUUUCCCUGAAAGUUUAUUCACAGUAACUUUUGCGCAAGAGCUACAUUGAAUAGGAACGUGAUCAUCGUUCAUAGAAUGUACGAUGCUCCUUUCCAAAUCUUGUAUGCCAUUUAAGACAGGCACAAUGAUGGUUGUACGUGUUUCUGGUGGGAGAUCAUCGUGCUUAACACAUUCUCUGCAUGUUUUCGUAAACUGACAACCGCUUUGAAAAUGUAUGGCAAUGAAAUCGUUCAUGUUUUGGGUCCCUGAUGAACAAAGUCUUGUAAAGAUUUCGUGUAUAUCUUGUUGUUCACCAGGAACUAACUUGUACUCAUCUUCGAUGGCUUUGUGGAGUUCAUAUGGAUAAAACGAGCCAUUUAGAACAUACAACAUUUUGCUAAUGACUUUAAUUAAUGCCGAUGUGACCUUACAUUUUGUAUUUUUUUUAAUGUUAUCCAACAUGCCAAUACGGAGGGGUAUGGAGUUCAUGCACUGUACAAGAGUGUUUAGCCAACAAUCGUUUCGUUUGUUUCACAAUCCCACGAACUUUUCUAGAUAAUCAUCUUCAUCAUCAAAACUGUUUAUUAAUUUGUUAAGCUUUUUUCUUUUUGAUUUAAUCGAGGAUUGAGUGGAACUUUUACGUUUUGUAUUAAUGUCUCUCCUAUCAUUAUCUUCUUCAUCUCCGUCGUGUUUGUAUAUCCACUCAGUACAUUUCUUCCUAUUUUCGAUUCUCUCCCUCCUUGUCAAUCUUGAUUUAGGUGGACCUUUACUUUUGAGAACAGUUUUACGAGUACAAUUUACCACUCUGCUUGCAUUUUCCUGCUCUGAUGACACACUAGUAUUCAUCUUAGAAGACAUUUUUCCAGGUUUCUGUUCAUUAUAACUACAUGCGUUCACUUUUUUUGUUUUUUUUAUAUGUGAUUCGGAACCAGCUGGAUGAACACUUCUUUUCGACUUAAUCUUUUCAAAGUCUGGUUUAGUGCUCAACGGUAUCGUUGGGAAUUGUUGGAAUUGUCCAACUAUUGGAUUCUGUUUUGGCAUUCCUGGAUCUUUCUUACCCAAUUUUUCUUCGGCAUCAUGACUGUUUUCAUUUCGUGAAUUGAUGCUUUCAUCCGUGCUGGAAAGAUUACGUUUUGUACUAAUAUCCCUCUCAGCAUUAUCUUCUUCAUCUCCGUCGUGUAUGUAUAUACACUCUGUCCAUUUUUUCCCAUUUUCGGUUUUCUCCUUCCUUGUUAAUCUGGAUUUAGCUGGACCUUCAUUUUUGAGAACAGGUUUAGGAGCACAUUUUACUCCUCUGCUUGCAUUUUCCUGCUCUGAUGACACACCCGUAUUAAUUUUAGAAGGCAUUUUGUCAGGUUUCUGUUCAUCAUAACUACAUGCGUUCACUCUUUGAUUAGGUUUUCUAUGUGUUUCAGAACAUGAUGGAUGAAUCUUUCUUUUAGACUUUCCCUUUUUAAAGUCUGGUUUACUACUCAACGGUAUCUUUGGAGAUUGUUGGAAUUGCCCAAGUCUUGGAUUAUGUUUUGGAGUUUCUGGAUCUUUCUUACCCCAUUUUUCUUGGGCAUCAUGAUAGUUUUCUUCCGUGAACUGAUGCUUUCAACUGUGCUGGAAAGAUUGCCGUCACUAUCUUCCUUCUUUCCUUCUUCUUGUACGCUCUCUUUCUUUUGGGCUUAAGACGACUGUGUAAUCUAUCACCAUAGUCACGUAAACGUCUUCUUAUUCGUGAGUAAUUUUCAUGAACGAAAGUAUCUGCUCUAAGACGUUUUCUUCCGCUAAAGUCUUCUUGUUUAAGAUUUCUCAUUGCACCUUCUAUAUAACCUUCUGAUUUAGUGUUAGCGGAUGAAAAUGAUAGAAAAUUAUUAACUUCCCUUUCUUUAGUUGUACAAGGAUCUUUUCUGUAUCGAUCCAAUCUUCCUAAUAAUACGCCUGACCAUAAUGGCAUUUCUGUGAGGUACUUUUUGAUAAAUGUCAAGAAUUGCGGGGAGUAGCUUCUAUUAUCUGCUAAUGCAUCGGGUGCCUGCAUACUAUCUUUCUCAACACGUUUCUCUAUGUCACUUAACUUCGUCUCGAAAUAGUCAACUAAGGGGUUUCCAGGUUUUGUCUCAUUCUCAAUGUCAUCUUCUUGGUUUUGCUUAGUCACACUUUCCUUCUCUGUUUCAAAAUCCUUAAGAUUUAUAUUAGAUUCUUUCUCCAUGUGGUUCAAACGCCCUGAAUGUUUACGGAACGAGACCAAACACAUUUUAGUUUGCUUCUUACAAGAUAGACAUACAACUGUAUCUUCCAGAAUAGUGACAAAUUUGUGUAAUGUUCGCGCAUUCACUAAUAAAGACACGGAAUACAUGCUAUUGCGAUACCAUUCGUUCUCCGUAGAACGUGCCAAUUGUUUGAUCUUCCUGUGUGCUAUAUGCAUGAAAUGACUGCAUCCUACAUGUGGAAUUGUGAGCUCGUAAUCUCUUGUCGUUCCUCUCUUGUUUAUGAUGCGAAAAGCUCGUUGAAGAAAUGUUUCUAAUGUUUCGUUGUUGAAUUCCUUGAGCACUGCCAGCAAUAUUGCCCUGGAAUAAUCUGUAUUCAAUUGCCUUGGCGAAGUUAACCGUCCGCUAUAUAUUCUGGACUCGUCGCACCUAAAUCUCUCGAUAAACGCACAUAUAUUGCCAGAGCUAUGAUCGCUCGUAAUCAUUUCUGCCACUGCUACUGCAGGAUCUUCUUCAUUUGGGUGUCGGACCACUAGGCCGUAAUAUAAAACUCUUUUGCCAUUGUAAUUCGCAACUAUUGUUCCUGUUGCAUCCAAAUACGAUAUAUCAUCGCCGCAUCUACUAUGCCAUAGUCGUACUUGAUCUUCAAUCCACAUGUGAACAAUUAGCGGAUGGUAGCCGAUAAUGUGAACAAACCCACCAUGUCCAGGAUUGGGCGGACGUUCGCGGGAAGAUUCUUUUUCUAUCAGCUUUUGUCUAAUCUUAUCCAACGAUUUAGUGAUGUCCCUAUCCAUUUGAGAUAGCUGACAACCUUCACUUGCGAUUUUCCGCAUAGUUGUCGGUUGAACCCCACAACCCGUUCUGUUACCUGAAGCCAUGGCAUCGCUUGGCAAUUCUGCUUUUUUAACUUGAUAUACCAUUGAUGGUUUGUCAGGACCUUUAUGAAACUGUUGUUUCAAUUCAUUUCGUUCGUUGUCUUUAAUGAAACGUGAAUGUCUUUCACCAGUUGCAUGCUUUACUGAACCACUAUAUGUUACGGUCACAAUUUUUUGCUCAAAAUCUUGUUUUUUCAUAGUUAACUCGAAAUCACACCCAUAAUCUUCGAAAAUGCAAAAUCCUUCUGCCUUAAAUGCAUAUACAUACUGCCUUUUCCUAGAAUUUGCUUUUUGCAUGAAAUGUCCAUGAAAAUGAAAAGUGCAGUAAGCGUUCGAUUCUGCCAUAUGUCGAGCCAUUACGUUGGUCCACGAAGAUUGUAAUUUAUUUAGCUUGCUGGCAAUUGGCUUAAUACUAUUCCAUUCAUCUUCACUUAAUCGAAAUUUUGCUUCUCCUGGUAGUCUCGUAAGGAAAAAUGAACUUGAUGGUAAACUUGGACAAUCCAUCAUCCGACUAAGAAUAUCAUACGGAACAGGUAAGUCGUUUGUACUAGUCACGUUAUUCGUCUGUUUAACUCGCUCAGAUCGAUCAAAGUUGUCUGAAUUCCAUCCGUCCGAUCCAUCCAUACGAUCGAAGUUGUCUGAAUUCCAUCCGUCAUCGUCAAACAUUUGUGCUACGAAAAUUUGAUCAUUUUCUUCAGGAAGAUAUGUAUUGUUCAUCUUUGGAGCAUCUUUGCUUACAUUUCCUUCAUCACAGCUUGGCUUCUCUGUUUCUUCUUUGGCGGGAAAACAUCUAUUUGAGUCAUCAUAUGCAUCAUCGUCUGACGCAUCUCCUAGACUACCAAUAUCUGUACCAUGCGAGGGUUGUUGUGUGUUCGCACAGUGAUCUUCCAGGUGUUUGAAUGUUGAAGGUUGCGCUGAAUUAGUAUUACUCUGAUUGGAUGUUAUGCUUUCCUUUUCGCUUAGUCCACCUUCAUCUUUAUCUUCCGAUGCAUUCGUUUCCAUACUUGUGCUACAACUGGAGCGGUAAUUCUUAUACGUCCCUUCUUGUCUACGUCCUUCAGACAAAUUUCCAUUCCGGGUCAAUGGCGUAGCGAUAUGCAUGGGUCUGCCUACGGUGUUCUUUUUUUUAUCGCAUAAAGGACACAUAUACGACUUGCCAUCGUCACAAUUACUGUACCUUGCACCAUCGUCUCGAGAAUGUAAAUGACCAAGACCGACACACUUUGGAUGGUAAUAAAUCAAACAGCCGGCAUAUUGAAAACUACAAACUAUAUACCAUCCACUAUCCUCUAUUUGGCAAAGGCAAUAAACACUGUUUUUAGUACUGUUUGUUGUGUACUUUCUCGGUAUUCGUCUUGUUCUUUUUGUAGUACGGGCACGGACUGGCAACAAACUUUUAUUCUUUCGCUUUCCAGUAUCGAUUGUAAUGGUUGGAUUCUUUUCAUCAAUACGAAUUGGCAUUUCUUGUUUACAUUUUGGAGGGACAUAUAUACUGCCGUUCUCUUCUGUCAUACUAUCUCGUUUAGGCUUCCCUUUUGAACUAGAUUGGUUUAUGUAAUCAGACAUACCAUCACUCGUAUCUUCUUCAUUUCCUAAUUCUGGGAAUUCAUCAUCUAAAUUAAAUUUUGGUUUCGAACCUGUUACCGCUUCAUUAAAAGAUUUUGCUCUACGGUUCCUUCUCCCUAACUUGGCAUGUGAUGAUAGAAAUGUACGUUCAUCAACUGGAAUGCUAGAUCCGAUUACCUGUAGAAAUUAAUUAUCAUCUCAAAAUAUAUAUUUAUAGUUCGAUAUUACUACCUGCGGGAUAAUUGGAGGGGUAUAUUCAUAUAUUUAUGUUCACAUGCAUAUAUCGUAAAAAACAAUUUUCAAAAGAAAUCCAUCGGGCAGAACACAAAUAUAUGCACACCCCCCCCCCCUAUUAGCGGUCUAGCUACGCCCCUGAUUACUACGUAUAUGCAUGUAUUCGACUAUUCAAUAUUAUGUAUGUACUCACAUUAUUAGUCCAUAUAACGUUUUCUUCACUUUGUAGAUCACAUUCUAUAUCGCUAGCUUGGCACUACAUAUAAUAAAAUAUUAUUAUAGCUAGUUGAACGUACUCAAAAUUGUAACUGAUCGUUACUAUUUGCACGGAAGGAAACAUGUAAAACCAACUAUUGAACACUUAUUGAAUUCUAAAAUAUUGAUCAACUGUACGCAUAAGUUAUGGACUAAUUAUCACUGUACACAUAGUUCAGUUUACUUUGUCAGACGCAACACUACAAACUCUGUGCUAACAAACUAUUAUCCAUGAAGUGCCAUUUCAAUGGCAUGCCAUUGCAAUCGGUUGUAUGAAACUCUUAACUCUUCAUUUAACCACUAAUGCACUAUAUUUCCUAUUAAAUAAUAUAUACUUUAUUAUAAAAUACUCUACCACGCCUUUUAUACAACCGGCCUUUGCCGCUCCAUUUAGUGAAUUUCUAUUCCCCAAUUUAAGGACAUGUAUAUAUAUGAAAUGGGUAAUAUAUACACGAGUAACUGUGAACUUACUAAUUCAUCUUCUAAAAUUGAGAAUGAGUUUGAAAUUGGAAUUUGAAUGUCUGAUUCAUUUUCCUGAAACAAUAAUAAUAAUUAAUUUAGCUGACAACUUAUACUGUACUAGUUGUAUUAUAAAGGGCAUAUAUGAAUUGUAGAUACAUUAUUAAAAUGAUAUACAUAUAUGUAAUAUUAUAUGGUUUCAAAUACUUCCAGUUUCAAGAAUUUAAAAGUAAUUUUUAUUUAUUUUUUAAUAAUUUUUUUUUGGGUGGUAGAGUAGCUUUUGCCCCCCCCCCCAAAAAAAAAAAUAUUGGAUUUAAAAACUAAAUAAAAAAUUACUGCGAAAUUCAAGAAACUUGAAGAAUUUGAAAUCAUAUAUAUCAUAUUAAUAUAAGUGCGAGUUCGAUUGCAUUGAUCAUGGGCAAGUUGCUGUAAUAUUAAUUAUCCAUCCUGGCACACUGAUAUCUUACAAAUCCAUUUUGACAGAAUUUCAAAGGCCUUAAAGAAAGUGGCAAAGAAGACCUUAAAAAAUGUCAGUACCAGUGGAGAUUCCAAAUUUUCAAAUUAUGCCAAACAACCCACCUUUUACAAGCUUCGUACACCCGUUGUAUACAAUACAACCGUGUACAUCUACAAUUUCCAAAAGCCUCUAAUCUGAAGCAAAUAGGCUAUAAUGCCUUGAUUAUUAAUAAUAAGGUACUAUGUUCAAUUAUGUUCAACUAUCUCAUGCAUCAUUGCGUCAUGGGAGUUGGACUUACUGGCUAUACUGCAUGUCAUUUUUUUUUGUACAGUUCAAACUUCAAUUCUUUUUGUUUUUAAUAUAAUAGUUAUUGUGCAAACCAUUCUCAAUAAUGUCGCCUUUAGGCGACGGCCUCCUGAAGGCGAUUGGACAACGCGUGACCUUUUGAUUUUCCCUGACAUAUAACUUACGUCAUGGCUUACAUUUUUUUUUAAAUAUUGGGAUGACUACUACCAUUUCAAUUACUUGCUCUAUAUAUACAUUCUUUUUUUCUUUAAAACACGUCGCGUGGCCAAAUCCGGUGUUGCCGCUUGUCCGGGCAUUUACUUGUAGCCAAGAUAUUUAUCUAGAUUUGCAACUAAUGUACGAAUUCAUUUCAGCGAAGUAUUGAAUCGUUUGCAAAACAUGGUAUAAUGGUAUAAUCAAAUAAGGAGUGUGUAAUAUUAACUUUACAUGCGUGUGGGUUCUUAUCUAUUAUUCACAAGUGCUAAAAAUUAUUUUGGCACCAUCUAUGUGCGGCAUCCGGAGUUGCUGAUUGAACCACUUACAAUCCGCACUGCCACGCAGCUAGCCCUAAAAACGCCUUUUAACCGAAUAUGUGCCCAAUAUAGAGUUUAUUUUUUAAAACUGCCUGUUAAUUAAGGUUUAUUAAUGUUAGCGACCGGGCAAGGUAGUAGUGCCAUUGAGACUGAAGAACCUGACCACAGUAAAAAACAAAACUUUCCAUCAAUUCAUAGUAAAUCCCGCAAUUAACACUGGCUUGAUGGGCUGACAUUCAAUGAGUUAGUUUAGUGGAACCGGUUUUCCAAGUCUGUUUUAGAGCAAAAACUUGGUUAAUUAAUUAAAAUAUUGCACUUAAAUUUCUCGUAUGCCAAACGUAAUGUUAAUUAAUUAUACAUUAUAUAUUAUUAAUAGAAACUUAAAAAGUUUCAUAUAAUAUUUUUUUCCCAAACGCUAUAUAUGUAUUUGAUAUAUCGGAGUAACCAAGUCCGAGCAGAUGAUAUUUAUUUAUUUAAACAUAUUUUGGAAAAUUGAGUUUGCCCCAAGAGCGUACACACUCAUCUAGGGGGCUUACUCGUUAGAAAUUAAAAAAUACACUGUCACGCAUACACGGUUUUUAAUAUUUGAAAACUAACACGAUAGGUGUCAAGAAUUAUUGAAAUAAAAACGUGCUGUUUCUUUAAUAUAAGUCUGAACAUAAGAAAAUAUUGCCGUGUUGUGUUCCAACGACAGCAUUUGAGAACCAAAGAGAAAUAUUUCCAUAAUUUGUUCAUCCUUCAAUCUUGACCACCCUUCGGGAAGUUUCUCGGCAGCGGAGGAGAACAGCUUAGACCUUUGGGCAGCAAAUAUUGGACAGUAGAGAAAAUAAUGUUUUAUAGAUUCAGUGUGAUAGCCACACCUGCAUGAUGGAGACAUUUUACAACCUAUGCCAUACAAAUAUAAGUUUAGUGCACAUACACCUAAUCACAAACAAGUAUGGAAAAUAGAAGAAUGCCUAUCAAUUGCAAAAUUUAAAACAGGAUUAGGAUUACAUAUGUCAAAUACAUUUAGUAGACUGUUCUUAAAAUGUGUAAUUGAAUCUGUAGAACGUAUCUCAUUGCUCAGAUUAUUCCAUAAUAUUGUCGUGGAAGGAAAAAAGGCUUUCCUAAACCGUUCUGUUCGACAAGCGAAGAGUGAGUAAUCUAUACAAUUUCUUAAUUUAUGUUGUGUCCUCCGACGAACUUGAAAAGGAAGUAAGUCACUUAAGUAACUGGGACUACAAUUAUUUACAAUUUUAUAAUAUAAAGUAAGUUUGUGAAUUUUCCUUCUAGUUGACAUACUUUCCCACCCUACUUCUCUCAUGAGACGAUGCUUGCUUGUUCCUUUCAUAGCCCCUGUCACGAGUUUCGCUGCUUCAUACUGAAUGUGUUCAAGAAGAUCGCUUUCACUUUCAGUACAACUGUCCCACAAUACGUCUGCAUAUUCCAUGACAGGACGAAUAAGUGAUAAAUAUAACUUACUCAAAGUAUCUCUGCUAAUUUUAUAUUUAAGACCUUUAAGCAUGUUAAGCUUUUUAUUGGCUUUCUCAAAAAUAUUUACAAUAUGGGCUUUCCAUGAAAGAUUUGUGGUUAAUUUUACUCCUAGAUGUGUAUGUUGUAAGACCUCCACAAUUUUGUUAUUAUCAAAAAAUAAAUCUGCAUGGUGGGGUUUAAACCGUUUUACUGAAAAAAUAAUACUUUCAGUUUUUUUAGCGUUAAAAGUAACAAGCCAGCGUUUUGCCCAAUCACUAAUCUUACUAAGAUCGUUAUUCAAUUUAACUGAAGUAAUAUCAGGAGACUCGACUAUAUCGAAUAGUGACGUAUCAUCGGCAUAUAAUAAGGGAUUUGUUUCAAGAUUUUCAGUUAUAUCGUUAAUAUAAACUAAAAAUAAUAGUGGACUGAGCACAGACCCCUGGGGUACUCCGGCAUUGAUAUUCCUCCAUUGCGAAAACUGACCAUCUAUGACUACGCGCUGCUUUCUAUCCAAUAAGUAACUCUCAAACCAACUAAGCAAAGGAUCUCUUACACCGAUUAACUUAAGCUUGUAUAACAGUCCUUUAUGCCAGACUCUAUCAAAGGCUUUGCUGAUGUCGAGAAACACCACUCUUACUUCCUUGCCUAGUUCGAAAGCCUCGUAUAUCUUAUGCGUUAAAUAUAAAAUUUGAUUAACUGUAGAAUCACCUGGGCGAUAACCUGACUGCAUAGGAUUUAAAAAACCUAUGUCAAGUAAAAAAUUAUAAAAUCUCAUGAAAACAACUUUCUCAAUUACUUUUGAUAACGACGCUAAUAAAGAUAUGGGUCUGUAAUUUAUUUUCAAUUGACGAUCGACUGUAGUUUUGGAUAAAGGAAUAACAUUAGCCAUCUUCCAUUGUUCUGGAAAAACGCCAGAGGACAAUGAUAAGUUAACCAACCAUGUGAAAACAUUCGUUAUGCCAUCUGCACUAACCUUAAUUAUUUUAUUACUGAUUCCGUCGGGACCACAAGCUUUUGUUGUGUCCAAACGUCGAAGUAAGCGAUUUAUUUCACUUUCGGUGGUGGUAAUAAUGGACAAGAAAGUAGCUGACUGAAAUGGAACUAUUUCGUGAGUAAGGAUUGCAGCACUAUCGUCGAUCAUGCUCUGACUACUAAAAUAGUCGUUCAAUAAUUCUGCUUUAGCUCUGGCAUCGCUUAUUACAUUUUGACCCUCAAUAAGCGUUGGUACAGCAACACGCAUUUUUUGACCAUAAAGUGACUUGACAAUUCCCCACCACUUUUUAGGACUUAUUUUGGGAUCACCAAGGUCCUGAUUUAGACUGGCAUAAUAUUUAACUUUGUUUGAUCGAAUUAAACUGGUUGUUCGAUUUCUUUGUAUCCUAUAUCUUUCCCAAGAUGCUGGCAUUUUAUGUCUUGAGUACCUUUUUAAUAAUCGGUUACGUUUUCUGAUAGCUCUCCUAACGUUGCCAUCCAUCCACAGUUUAUCGUGCGGACGAAUAACAACUGUUUUUCGGGGAAUAUAUUCCUCAACAACAUAUUGGAAACUUGAAAACCAAUUAUUAAAUAUAAUAUUCACAUUUUCACCACCAGUAAAACAUCUUUCCCAUUCAUAAUUUAACAAAGCAUAGUUCAAUUCUGCUUCGUCAAUAUUUUGAUAAUUCCAAACUGUGCGCUUAAAACAUUUAAGUUUUAAUAAAAGAAUACUUAAUUUAGCGUAUACUAUACAAUGAUCACAAUUUGCCGGCGGACUUAGGGUGCCUGAACUUACAAAAUAACCAGGAGAAUUAGUAAUAAUUAAAUCUAAACGUGUUGAACCAGUUGAUGUUAUGCGUAUUGGUUCAUUUAUAGCUUGAAAUAAACUAUUGCAUUCCAUCCAGCAAUAUAAGGAAGAGCCAAAAUCACCUGAAUCUGAAGAAUUGCUGAAAUCAUAAUGAGCAUUAAAAUCCCCUAGCAAAACUAUUAAUUUAUUCGGCUCUAAUUGAAUUUUAUCUAAACAAAUUUGCAAGUUACUUAGAAACGCUGUAUUAACAUCUACAUCAUUGCACGGAGGUGUAUAACAAGUUGCACAUACUAGCGAAAUAGACUUAAUUUUGAUUUCAACCCACAGAAUUUCAAACCCAAGGGACUCUAAAUCAGUCCUCCUUUUUGGAACAAAUUCGGAAGACACGUGCAAGGCAACACCACCGCCUCGCCUGCCAUCAGAUCUAUCCAAACGUAUUAAGGGACAAUAGCCAGGAAUAUUAAACAGAUCAUUGGAUAUGGAAUCGUUUAACCAUGUCUCACUAUAACCAAAAAUCUUAAAAUUUUCGUCUAGCAUUACAGAGACAAUUUCAUCGAAUUUAUUAGUUGAAUUUCUACGCGGGUUUAAACUGCGAACAUUUAAAUGACCGAUUUUUAGCGAAAUUAGGCGAUCAAAGCCAGGAUUUUGUUCAACAUCCGAACAAAUUAGAAAGAAAAGAGCAAGAAAUAUCCCAAUAUGUAAAUAUAUGUUUAAAGUUCUUACAAAAAGUCUACCAGUAGAAUAAUUGAAUUUGUAGCAGUUAAAAAGUCCAAUUGCUGCCCGAUAAAUUUGUAAACUAACCCCCAUUUAACCAGAUCUGGAGGUAAAAGGAAUAACUGAACUCCUGCUGCCGAACAUAAAUAUAUAAAUAUUCCAUAGUAAUAAUACACACAAAUACUGAAAGUAGUAAUACAAAAUUAAGAAAGUAAAUCAUUAGUAAUAGUGUUACUUAACGCUUUGACGAGUCGGCAUCCUCAUUAACUUCAAUGACCUUGGAAUCCUUUGAAUAUAACAGACCAUACUUGACUAGAUCUUCUUUAUGUUUAAUACGAUAAACUCGACGAUCCGUUCGCGCAACAACAGUACCAUCAACUGAAUAGAUUUUGACAUCUGACGAGCAAUUUGCUUUUGUAUACAAUAAUAACUGAUGAUUUGAUUUCGUCAGAUCUUCAUUGAUAUAAAUUUGUCUGCCCCUGAUUCUGGCUUUCAUAAAUUUCAUUUUAGUGGUAUAACAUAUCAAUUUGACUAUCAUAGCUCGUGGGGCUGGCUUUGGUUGACCACUGCUGACUUGCUUUAGUUGGCCAACGCGAUGCGCCCGAUCGAUUUCAUCUCUGCUAACUUCGAUAUUUAAAUGAUUCUCACAUAACUUAAGUACUUUGUCGUAGCAAUCCUCUUUAAUCUCUUCGGCAAGACCGAAAAUUCGUAUAUUGUUUCUUCUGGAGUAUUGCUCGUUGUCGUUUGCCUUAACUUCUACAUUUGCAAGCUUUGCUUUAAGGUGUGUUACUUCGUCUUUGAGGGAAGCAAUUUCUGUAUGUAAAGGCUUUACAGUCUCUUCGACUGCCACAACAACUGCACCGGCAAUGGUUUCUUUAAACACACUUGAAUUCUUUAAAUAAUCGUCCAUAUUCCUGGCAAAUUCAGCAAAGGAAUCCCCCACCAGGCCAGCCGAACGAGUUUUUACUGACAUUUUAAUUUUGUAGUAAACUAGCGAGCGAGCAAAUUUAACGAUCGGAGGAUUUAAAAUUUAAUUUGAGGACACCAAAAGGCCGGCGCACACUAGAGCUAUGUGCUUAGCAAAAUGUCAUUCGUGACUGUUGGCGUAAGGAGAUAGCUCUCGUGUGCGGGCGAUUUACGAACGACUUUUGUCAUUCAUGCCACUUACGCCAAAUAUCUAACAUGUUUGAUAAUUUCUGCCUCGCGUGCCAAAAUCUUUCCGUGUGCGGCGAACGAAAGCUAUCUGCUUACGGAUUGUCGUAACAGCGCAUGCGUAGUAUACGAAA